AUGGCCGGCGCGACCGUGGCCGUCAUAGGAGCUGGACCGUCUGGGCUGUCCAUGCUCAAAGCACUGCGAGAUGACGGGUUCAAGGUCACCGUGUAUGAGCGUCGUGAUAGAGUCGGAGGGCUAUGGGCGUACUCCGACAAUCUCAACUACACAACAGCACUUCCUUGCACCUCAGCGAACAUAAGCAAGUUCACCUGCGGAUACUCCGAUUAUCCUAUGCCUGACCGUUUCCCGACAUUCAUGAAGCCUGAGCAAUUUCAGGACUUUAUGCAAGAAUACUCGUCUCAUUUCGACCUCCUGAAAGACAUUGUCUUUAAUGCAAAUGUGAAAAGGGUAUGCAGAAAUCCAGACGACACGAGGUGGAGGAUCGAAAUCGAAGUUGCUGGCACGAUCGAAGUCUUGGAGUUUGACAAAGUUGCAUUUUGCCACGGCUACCAGACAGCAGCAAAUAUUCCCAAAUUUGAAGGGCAAGACAAGUUCAAAGGCACAAUUCUGCACAGCCAGCAGUAUCGCAGCCCAGAAGCAUUCAAAGGGAAGAGGGUUGUAGUGCUGGGUCUGACUAGUACGUCCGGAGACAUUGUCCCAGAUCUAUUGCCUCACGCAUCCAAAAUCUGGGUUGCUCAUCGCCGAGGGGCCUUGCCCGUUCGUCGGUACCGCAAUGGCGUACCGGCAGACCUCGUCAUCACUUGGCGUCGCCGACAAGUUACCCAAGCUUUGCAAAAGCAUGUACCAGGACUCGCCCGUUGGCUAGGCGACUUUGCAAUUAAAUGGUUUACCCGGCGCAUUUUCGGCGAGCUCGAUCCAUCAUUGGGCUUGGAGCCUUUUCCGUCUCUGAGUCUUGUUCUCCCAGGAACGUGGGAGACUGUUUACGAUCUUCUGAAAGACGGGAAAGUCGAGUCGCUUCCUGGUAUCAAACAAUUCUUGGGCCCAAACUCGAUCGAGUUCGCCAACGAGCAAGUCAUUGAUAAUAUUGAUGCCGUGAUACUAUGUACGGGAUAUAUGGCGGACUGGAAAUCGGCUCCGUUCGUUGAGACGAGCAAACCAACAGCGCACAACUACAAGGGGCCCGAGAUUCGAAGGUUAUACAUGAAUCUCUUCCCGCCCGCCUAUGCCGACUCAUGUGUCAUGCUCUGCUACUCUGCAUAUGGCAAGAACAAUGGGUUCUCGUUUGCUGACGUUACCUCAAUGGCCAUUAGCAACGCCUGGCGUGGUGUAGAGAAACUACCGUCAAGACGAGAUAUGGAGAGUUGGAUCGACAGGCAUCAAGAAUGGAUCGCGGGAAGGUGGGCAUUAGAUCCCACAACCAGCGUAGGGGCCGUCAAGCAAUGGGAGUUUCAGGGUUGGCUGCACAAGGCUGCUGGAACUGGCAUGGAGAAUCUGGGUUGGGGUUGGAAAGGAUGGCAGUUCUGGUUCAAAGACCGAAAGAUGUAUAAUCUGAUGAACCACGGCGUCGAGACGGCUCACGCAUUUCGGUACUUUGAAACUGGUAAGCGGAAGACGUGGGACGGUGCGAGAGAAGAGAUCAUUCACCAAAAUGAACUGGUCAAGAUAUUCCCGAUCAAGGACAAAAGUAGCGAUCCAGAUAAGAACUAA